GCUGACGGGGAGUGAGGCCGGCCGCCGGGCACUUCCUGUGGAGGCCGCAGCGGGCGCGGGCGCCGAAGGGCCGAGCGCCGAGCGAGCGAGCGAGCUGAGCGAGCCGAGCCUCCCGCCGCCGCCAUGGGCCAGAACGACCUGAUGGGCACGGCCGAGGACUUCGCCGACCAGUUCCUCCGAGUCACGAAGCAGUACCUGCCCCACGUGGCGCGCCUCUGCCUGAUCAGCACGUUCCUGGAGGACGGCGUCCGCAUGUGGUUCCAGUGGGGCGAGCAGCGCGACUACAUCGACACCACGUGGGGUUGCGGCUACGCACUGGCCUCCGCCUUCGUGCUCCUCAACCUGCUCGGGCAGCUGACUGGCUGCAUCCUGGUGUUGAGCAGGAACUUCGUGCAGUAUGCCUGCUUUGGGCUCUUUGGGAUCAUAGCACUACAGACGAUUGCUUACAGCAUCCUAUGGGACUUGAAGUUUUUGAUGAGGAAUCUGGCCCUGGGAGGAGGCUUGUUGCUGCUCCUUGCGGAGUCCCGUUCCGAAGGGAAGAGCAUGUUCGCAGGCGUUCCCACCAUGCGCGAGAGCUCUCCCAAACAGUACAUGCAGCUCGGAGGCAGGGUUUUGCUGGUCUUGAUGUUCAUGACCCUCCUUCACUUUGACGCCAGCUUCUUCUCGAUUCUCCAGAACAUCGUGGGCACAGCUCUGAUGAUUUUAGUGGCCAUUGGUUUUAAAACCAAGCUGGCUGCUUUGACUCUUGUCGUCUGGCUGUUUGCCAUCAACGUGUAUUUCAACGCCUUCUGGACCAUUCCUGUCUAUAAGCCCAUGCACGACUUCCUGAAGUACGACUUCUUCCAGACCAUGUCGGUGAUCGGAGGCUUGCUCCUGGUGGUGGCCUUGGGUCCCGGGGGUGUCUCCAUGGAUGAGAAGAAGAAAGAGUGGUAACAGACCCCUUCCCUGCCUGGCUGAGACCCGUGGCCAUCGAGGACUGGUUCGGGGCGGAUUUGACAAAACUGCCAGCAUUUAUGUACCCUCUUCCCUCCCCUCCUGGUAAAGGCACAGAUGUUUUGAGAGUUUAUUUGCAGACACCUGAAAAUUGAUGGCUAAAUUUGCUCUAGACCCACAACCUAGUAAUCUGACCCUCGGAGCUGGCCGGCUGGCCGGCAGUAUCUACCCCCCCGCCCCCCCCCAAGGCAAGGCCUCAGCUUCUCACAGCGAGUGGCUGGCUUGGCUGGGGCCUCACUUCCUGUUUUGUUUCUGGUUCGCGGGUGGGGGCCUCAAGCUGUACUGUGAGCAGAUACAUUUGUGUAUCCUUCAAAGCAGUCUCCCUCUUAUUUUUUCAGUUUACGUUUUUAACUAAAAUGAAAGGAUUCAGGAUGGCCCAGCCCAACAUCAAACACACUGUCCAAGUCCUGGUUUUAAACCACACCCACGGCUCCGAGUUAGCCCUGCCCCGCACUGUAAUACUGGCGGGGCUGGUGACGGCAUUUAGAGAGACCCAAACCCAAAGAAUGAUGCUGCACUGGAGGGGUGGCCGCGGCCACUGUCCAUGGUGGAAGUCACUCAUCAGAAAACCGCCUCAGACUGGGGCCAAGGUUUGAGAGGGCAAACCCCCCGGGAGCUUUAGUGGCUCAAGGUGGGGACGGAGGCGCUCCCAAGUCCUCUGCAGGGAUCCACGCUCCGACCCUGGCCUGGCCACACAUCUGCAGGUUGGCUCUCAUGUGAGGGGCGUGGGCCGAGUGGCAGCUGCGUGGGGCAGGGCAGCAACAAAGCCGGCUCUCAGACCAGUUACCUCACCCCCGACCUUUACAGAGCCUCUGCUGAAGCCCUGGGCACAGCUCCGACCUGGCUGAGCGCCGCGCCCGGUUCUCCUUUGGCUGGAGGGAUCCUUCCCAGGCUGUGCAGCCGCGACUUACCAUCCUCACAAGGCUGUCGCUUGCUCCGAUUGUCUAUUUGCUAUGCUGAAUGCAGCCCAAAUUACUUUUUACAAUUUGUGAUGCCUUACCGAUUGGAUCUUAAUCCUGUAUUUAAAGGUUUCUAACAUUGCCUUAUACUGCGUUUCUCUUCUUGGGGGUAUGAGCGCCCAUUGCUCUUCUCCGCUUGCUGGGCCGUAGCGGACACCGUAAGGGGAGAGUGGGGCAUCUUGGUGCCUCCCCCCGGGCCUCCCCCAGACCCUCUUGGGGGCAGGCUGACCAAACUCGAAUGAGGACUGCCUGAAGCUCGUCUUUUCUCCUGGCUCAUCAGUUAGGUGUGCAGGCCUGAGGGUCACCCCUGGGGAUGCUGGGGGCCAGUCCCGAGCCAGGAUCCACAUCUACCAGCCAGACCAGAGCCAGUGUGAGGUGGGGAACCUGCCCCGCUUUUGCCCCCCAGUGCUCUUAGAACCUUACCUGGCUCUGCAGCCUGGACCCACCAGACCUGAGGGCAGCAUCCCGUGCCUGUGCCCCAGCCCCUGUGGAGGCUCAUCCUACAUGUUCCUAAACCCUCGCCCACGGCCCAUUUGUAUACCCCUCUGGCCUUUCGAAGAUGAAACAAUGGCUUACUGACAGAGGGCUUUUCUACUUCCUAGCACUAGGAUGCUCACCACACAAAGGGUGGUUUCUGACUCCAUGUUUCCGCCUUCGUAGGGCCAUCUCUUGGUCCACCCCCUUCCCUGUCAGCACAGCAUGGCAGUCCUCUCAAAGGACACUCGGCCAAGUCUGUUCCUCUGUACAGUUUUUGACAGGGUACGGGUCCUUCUCGGCCCUGUGCUCACAAGGCCUUUGUUGGUUUGUAGAAACAGGUUGACCCCAGGAGGCUGAGGGGUGUGGUCAGAGGUCACCCUCCGUGCCAGAAGUUAUUCCGGCCUCCCCCAGCCCUGAGCAGGCCACUGCUCACGGAUGGGGUAGAUGCCUUUGCAGGGAGGAAAGAAAAAUACUAUCUAUCAAUUGGCUUUGGCAAAACAAUUUCUGAAAAAUUUUUUGCUUUAUGUGGGAAGUAGGUUUAAAUCUCAUUUUAUGCUGUAUUUUAUAUCUUAGUUGUGUUUGAAAACGUUUUGAUUUUUGGAAACAUCAAAAUAAAUAAUGGCAUUUGUUGUA